CCCUCCGCUGACCCGGGCGCAGCCUGGGCGUUGGGGGUAACAGAGCCGCCAGCCGUUUGUAUCAUGGUGACCCCCUGUCCGGUCAGCCCCGCCAGCCCGGCUGCGGGGGCAGGGAGACGGGAUAACGAUCAAAACCUCCGCGCCCCGGUGAAGAAGAGCAGACGGCCGCGCCUCCGGAGGAAGGAGCCGCUGCGGUCGCUGAACGCGCGGCCGCUGCCGGGAGACUCUGGUGUCUGUGACCUUUUCGAGUCCCCCAGCUCCGGCUCGGAUGGCGCGGACAGCCCCGCUGCGUCGGCGGCUCGGGGCUGCAGCCCCCUUCACAGCUCUGCCCAGCCGUGGACGCCGCUAGAUCUCCAGACCUUCCGCGACUACGGCCAGAGCUGCUACGCCUUCCGCAGGGCGCAGGAGAGCCGUUUCCACCCGCGGGAGUCUCUGGCGCGCCAGCCACAAGUGACCGCAGAAUCCCGCUGUAAACUGCUCAGCUGGCUCUUGCCGGUGCACCGCCAAUUCGGCCUCUCCUUCGAGUCGCUGUGCCUGACCGUGAACACUCUGGACCGCUUCCUCAUCACCACACCGGUUGCUGCAGACUGCUUCCAGCUGCUGGGGGUCACCUGUCUGCUCAUUGCUUGCAAACAGGUGGACGUGCACCCGCCCCGCGUGAAGCAGCUCCUGGCCCUGUGCGGUGGUGCCUUCUCCCGGCAGCAGCUGUGCAACCUCGAGUGCAUCGUGCUGCACAAGCUACACUUCAGCUUGGGCGCACCCACCAUCAACUUCUUCCUGGAGCACUUCACUCACGUGCGCGUGGACGCCGGACAGGUUGAAGUUGCUGAAGCCCUGGAGGCACAAACCCUGGCGCGGGGAGUAGCGGAGCUGAGCUUGGCGGACUAUGCCUUCACCAACUACACACCCUCUCUGCUGGCCAUCUGCUGCCUGGCGCUGGCGGAUCGCAUGCUGCGACUUCUGCGCCCGGUGGACCUCGGUCUGGGCGAGCACCCGGAGCCGGUGUUGCAAGACUGCCUGGACAAGCUGCAGCUGCUGGUGGCUAUAAACAGUGCCUCCCUGACUCACGUGCUGCCCCUCCAGAUAUGGGAGAAGUGCAGCCUGCCUCAGAACUGGAAAUAAAAACUUGCCCUCUAUUCCCUGGGGGGCUCGAUUGCUUCAGAAGAGACCAGAGAGAUCCAAAGAGAGGCUCAGGAUUCCUGCUUGUAAAUAGUGUACAAUAACAGAACCUAGUAGUUUAUUUAUUUGGGGAGCACACAAGGGCAGGGCGACUGUCUUGGAUUGUCAGAGUGCUGUAGUUGCAGUGUCCGCCCCUUCACGGUUGAAGUCAGGGUGGUUGCCAAUUUCAGAGACUCCUCUCCCACGAUUUCACUGUUUUCACAGAGAUGGCUAACUACAACCUGGCACGAUUUUGUAUGCUAUGGUUCCAGUAAUCGGACAAGUCAGGGUUGCUUGUCUGGAUCUCAUCUCUCCCGUCUGGAGGCUGAGAGCUGUGUCCCCCCGCCCCCCGAGGCCCAAGGGGUGUGAGGCUGAGAACUCAUUGUAAUCUGUAGCCCAGAGGGGCCAUGACAGUGCUCGCUGGUUAUGUGGAACAGGAAGCUUUGGUGACCAGGUAGGCACACUGGCAGAGGGCAAAGCAAGAAAUAUUCCAAUAUAGUCAUUCGUUCCUGCAACCUGGGAAAGGGUUGGAAAACAGGCAUUGCAGACUGUUAGGAAUGCUGCAACCUGGGCCUGUUUCCUUUGCAGUUACAAGGUUCAGUUCACAUUGAGCCCAGGGUAACAAUGGCCUGAUACUAAUACUCUCCUGAGUGCUUGCAAUGUAUCACACACUGUUCAACAGUUAUUUCACUCUCCCAACAAUGUGGUGAAGCAGUCUUAUCCCAUUUUCCUGAGAAUGACUUUGGGGUACAGAGGACUUGGAGGCAGGUGAUCCAUGAGUUUACCUUUAGCCACAUCAUUAAGCUGCUCCCAUUUAGGUUUCUGGAAAUUCUUCAAGAAACCCUGAGACAGGUGCAUUGUUCAUUCAGCUGAACUCAGCAGGGCAGUAUUCUGUUCAGCCGUCUUUGCUUCCAGCCAUGGAACAGGACUCAUGUCACAGAUGGGGAAACUGGGCUGGGAAAUAAGCUUCCUGAGCUGUUAUAGGUGCUGAACCUCAGUUCCACCACCUGCAGCAAAUUUCUUAAUCUCGCUGAGCUUUUCCAUUGAUCUCAGGGUUGUUGAGAAGUUUGGAUUAAGCUUCCGGGAGGGGGAGGAGAGAGUGAUUAAGCAAGUAGGCUGUGGAGCCAGUUUGCUAGGUGACCUUAGGCAAGUCUAUGCCCAUUUUUCUGAAUAAUAGUAGCAACCAUUGUGAGGGCUGGGGUAUUCCUAUACAAAGAUGAUCCACAUAGCCUGCCCCCCAGCAUACAUCAUGGAACACAGAACCCUCAAGUAAUAUUGGUACUACUUGCAAUUGAUGGGAGGAGUUAGGCAGAAAAAGCUUGAUGCAAAGAAUAGAGAAGGGGAAGAUGGUAACAACUGGGGUAAACAGUCAUUGUGGCUUUUUCAAACUUUUGUAUGGAAAAUAUCAAAAGCUGGGGAGAAAUCCCAGUCUGCCAUUUCAUUUAAAAUAAAGUCAAUGUAUG